AUGUCGGGCGCCAAAUCCUCGCCUCCCGCACCUGACGGGUGCUCUGCAUCUGUCGCUAUCCCCGCGAUUCCGCUGACCGCAGAAAUCAUUCACAUCGUCCUCUGGAAGCUCAAGCCGUGUGCCACGGACGCAGAGGCCGACGCGGCCAAGGAGUCGAUCAAGCAGCUGCUCAAGGUGCCCGGCCCGCUGAGCAUGCACAUUGGCCCGCCUGAGAUCGAGGCGAGGACGCAGGGCUGGAACUGGGGCCUGUACUCUGUGUUCGAGGACCGCGCCGCGCUCGACAAGUAUGCCGUCAGUGACGCGCACAUGGACUGCGUUCGCGACCACGUCCGCCCCCACAUGGCUGAGGUCAUGGCGUACGACUGGGAGAUCAGCGACAAGACAGGUUACUAGAAGAAGUAUGCAGGCAUUGCAUGGUACAAGUGGAG